AGCGACUUGUUAGUACAAUCAAAAUGGUAGCCAAAUAGUGAAAUUCAAGGCUGAACCGGAACCGAUCUUCCUUCUUGUGAUUUUUGUGUAAUCUUUUAUAAUUGGCAGCUGAUAUGGGUGUAGGAGUGUUGCUGAUCACUGCGCUGGUGCUGAUACUGGUGUUGGCAGGCUGUAGAUCCAUCGGUCUAUGGACAUGGACGGCUGCAUGGAUAUUCUCCAACAGAGAGGAGAAGGUGUCAUUAACCAGACUCAAGGGCCAUUACAACGCCAAUGGAUACUUGAUAACGUCAGACUCUGAUAUACAGCUGGACUGUACAGGCAGUUUCCAGCACUUUGACUCUGUAGAUCGUGAGGUGUGGACUCCACCCGUGGACUCUACCCUCAGCACCACAGUGGCCCCAGAGAUCCCCCUGCAGCCUCUACGCCCCGCGCCCAGCCCCGUACCCCCGCCAUCACCCAAACCUGUGGAACCAUCUCCUCCUCCACCACUAACACCUCAAGCUCCACCAGCUAUCUCAACCAACCCCUUUUUAGCAGAUAUAAUGGAGCCUGUGGUAGUGCUACCUCCACCACUGGUGACAGAGGAGGUCACGGAGAGAGUUGUACCUCAGCUACAGAGAGCCAUGAGCUGUGACUCUGUGUGUUCUGACACAAGUGUCUCCGCAGCAGACCUACAAGAACCCAACGUAACUGGUUAUCUCUGUGUGGGACUUGAAUAUGACAGCGAGGUGGCUGAUUUGAUGGUGAACGUGCUGGAGGCCAAGGAUCUAGUAAGCAGUGAUGUGAACCAUCCUCAGCACCAACCUCUAGACACAUAUGUCAGGGUGUACCUUCUACCUGACAAGACCACUAACAUGCAGACCAGGGUGUACAGGAAGUCUAACAGUCCGAGUUACAAGGAGAGAUUCCUGUUCGCUCUAGAGCCGACGGAGUAUCACAGGAGAUCUUUGUCUUUCUACAUCUACGCCACAGACCGAGCGUCCAGCUCGCUACUGGGGGAGGCGGAGCUACGGCUGUGCGACGUCAACGCUCGACAACCCGUCACCACCUGGCUCACACUGACCGACACCGGACAGACGAGUACAGAGCUGGGUGAAGUGAUGUUUUCUCUAAGUUACCUGCCAACUGCAGAACGUCUUACAGUUGUGUUGGUGAAGGCCAGGAAUCUCAAGUUUCACAGGGAAUCAGGCGACCCAUUUGUAAAGGUUUAUCUAUUACAACACGGUAAAAAAGCGCACAAGAAGAAGACUUCGACAAAACGAGGAGAGCGAAGUCCGAUCUACAAUGAAGCUAUGAUGUUCAGUGUUCCUCCUCAUACGUUGCAGACUAUCCAACUGCGAGUGACAGUGUCCGAGACUGGGUCAGAAGGCCGAGCUCUCAACAUCGGCCACGUCAUUGUAGGAAGUCAGUCAACUGGCAAAGCUUUAACUCACUGGACUCAAAUGUUAACUUCCCUUCGUAAACCCAUCGCCAUGUGGCAUCCACUCAGAAGCAAAUAAACAAUAAAU